AUGCCCUGGCAGCCUCUUCCUCGCAUUGCCUUCGCUGUUGCGACCUACCCAUUUCCUGCCUCGGAACCUGCCGACCUCCCCCUCGAGAUUGGCGAUGAACUCUACGUGAUCGAGGAGACGCCCAACGGCGAAUGGCUGCGUGGCUACCUUGUGGCCCCUCCCAGCCUGCUGGCUGGCUUGACUUCUGUCAAGGGCCAGACGCUAGAGGCACGCGUCUUCAGCGGCAUCUUCCCAAGAAGCUGCGUGGAGGUGAGGGAGAUGCUGGGCGAUGCCGACGACAUUGAUGACGAGAAUAUCGACGGCGAGGAGGGCGAUGGGGCCAGUACGAAUGGCCGAAACUCGGCAAACACCCACGGAAAAGAUGGCGAGGUCAGGGUCGCGAGCCGCAAUGGAUCUGGGGACGGGCGCAAAUCAGCCAAGUCGAUCAAGUCCCCCAGGCUACUACGAACGUUCCCGGAUGGAUUGAAGGGCAAUCUUUCUAUACCUGUCCAAAGGGACCCAACCCAGCCUCGACCUCCCGCGCCAGUCCCAAUGCUUAAAGUUGGAGACGAAACACCCACAUCCGCAUCUGAGCCCUUGGUGGACGAGAUCGCAUCUUGCCUGAGAGAGUGGCAUUCGACCAACCUCCACGAAUUAUUGCUUUCUCGAGAGUACAAACGGCUCGACCAAUUAGCGCAACUCAUCUCCGGGCUCAAUCUACACCGUCAACAGCUUUUAUACAAUGUUCUCACUCUCCACGAAUUCGAGCAAGUACGAGAAAAGGCCGUAUGGGAUCUUGUCGCAAUCAAUAAGUUAUGUGGUGGGGAGGUGAUUGUCAGAGACCCCAAGGCUCAGGGCAGAGUUUCGACGGGCGAUGACUCGGCUGUGGAAGUGACCAGGCUUCAGUCAGUUAUGAGUCUGCUUAAUGAACCUCCCGAAGCGGCUAUGGACUCGGCAACCUUAUAUCACCUCCUUUUAGAUGUCAAGGGCUUUGCCGGAUCAUCCACCGAGGACACCCAGCUUAUGUGCUACCUCGUAUGCAAAACGCCACAUAAGAAGUUGCAAAGGGUAUCCGAGUGCUUCAGCGUUGACAUUGCAUCAGGAGGGGCGAUUGGGAACAUUACUCAGCAUGGCCAGACCAAGACUCUGUUCACAGACCUCACUCCCCAGGACAUUAACGACGGGGGAUCCGGCGAGUCUGAGUUAUAUCUCGUUGUUAAGGUGAUUGCCUCCCAACGAGUUCAGGUUGUUAAGCAGCUGUCGAGGACAGGUACAGUCCACCAAACGGGCUACAUCAAAGAUACGAACAAGCCCCUCUCCUCAAGCGGUCCGAAACAUUCUUCUAGGCGAAGUUUCAUGUGGGGCAACAAACCGGCUCGAUCUGCUUUCUCGAGGGGGGCAUCCAGCAGCGCUAAGAUGGAGGCUGUUUCGGAGCAGUCUGAAGGUCGACCUUCUACCGAUGGGACAGACCCGAAAGAGAGUUUCGGCCCACCAAGCACAGCUGGCUCAUUACGGGGAGCCUCGAUAAACGAUACCGAAAAUGUUCAGCGUCUGAUUGGAAUUGGUGUGAUGAAACUGAACUCGAUCGUGAAACAACAAGAAGAGAUGGAACAGUUGAUGGGGAUAUGGGGCCCUUCAUCAAGACUGGGCAAUGAGAAAUUGUCCCUUGAUGAGUGGGAUCCAAUAAUUAAGGAGAUCAUGGACAACCCAGCCGGUCACUAUGAGAAAUCUAACAGGGGCGAACGCCUACAAGUCUACCUCAAAGGCAUGACACAUCCCGAUGCCAACGCCCUCAUUAAAUCCACGCCCACUAUACUGUCCGGAGUGUCUAAGACAAACCGGCUAGGCUUCUCGGGGGCACCUUCAAAGCCUCGGUCAGACAUAUACAUCACCCUGGAUUACGGUACGCUGGCAAAGCACAACCUGCUCUCAAGAUAUGGAGGCAGCGCAACCUCACUUCCGUCGGCAACUUCAGGCACAAACUUUCAGCUUACAAUCGAAAUUCGGAAGUCCUCUGGUCAGCGCAUAGAAAACUGCAUAUACACAUCAUCAAACACCGAGCCUUUAACGACAUUCAAAUCGAUUGCUAUAGAGAGGAAUGAGAUAUGGGGUCAAACACUACGGUUAUCGCUUGCUCCUGAGGAUGUACCUGUCUCUCAUGUGGCCAUGUACCUAUCCGACCUACCAAGUCCUCCAUUUGCUGUUGCAUACAUGCCACUUUGGGAACGGGAGGCCUUUAUUAGAGACGGUCCACAUGAUCUCUUGCUAUACAAGAUCGACGAAUACACCGCAUCAGCAUUGGCUGGACCAGUGGGCAAGGGUGGAUAUCUCUCGCUUCCCUGGAGCUCCAAGGGUAAAGAUGAACGCUCUGCAGAGGUCACUGGUCCCUUGGCCUCAAUUCUUGUGGAAACCUAUCUCUGUAGUACGAAAUUUUCGCAAGACAGAGUCAUCCUAGGACUCACAAAGUGGAAAGAAAUUCCUCGCGAUGACAUCCCGGCGAUAUUGAACCAGCUCAUCUUUGUGCCUGAAAUUGAAGUUGUCAAGCUUCUCAACAACGUACUUGACGGGUUGUUCGGGAUCCUAGUCGAACACUCUGGAAAUGAUGAGUACGAGGACCUGGUAUUUACUGCACUGGUCAGGGUGCUCGGCAUCAUUCACGACAGGAGAUUCAACCUGGAACCACUUGUUGACAGUUAUGCGGAACAGCAGUUCAACUAUCCCUUUGCAACAUCGUGUCUCAUUCGCUCAUUCACGCGACUGCUAGAACAUCCCACUGAGCCGGAAACUGCUCGAAAGCUUCGGUCGACGUUUAAGGUUGUUAACCACAUCUUGAAGUUCAUUACCCGGUCGCGAGGUCAGCAGAAAGAGAAGGAGGCGGGAAUUGGCAUCAAAUCGUCCACCCAAGGGUUCAGCCGCGACUUGCGAUCAAUUUUCAAGGCUCUCGAUGCCAUGAUGCGCAAUUCAGCACCUGCAUUAGUCGGCAGCCAGACCUUGGCUGUCCAGCACUUCCACACAUGGUUGCCCGAACUCUCUGGUCUCCUGACGACGGAAGAGAUACUCCAUAUUGCUAUUGACUUUAUGGAUUCUUGCACCAACGUCAAGGGCAAACUUAUUCUGUACAAACUAGUGCUCAUCAUCAACUACUCCAAACUAGACUUGUUUGCUCAUCCGGAGCAAAAGUCUGCUUUGAGUACCAAUACUGCCCGAUGGAUCGCCCCUCACUGGGGGCACACAGAAGAGAUCAACGAUCAGUGGCGAGAACAGAUUCGCCUAUGUUGCUCAGUCCUUGCUAGUCAAAUGGACCAUUUGACGAUCGAAAUACCUGAACAUGUUCCGAAGAUUAUCGACUCAUAUCUGGCUUUAUCGUCUCUCCCGCGGAAGACCAGAAGUCGACUCUCGCUCCUAUUCCCUACAUCGUAUCCAUUUCCGACGAAGCCUGUGGCUACGGAGUUCUCCCAUGAUGAGGCCCUUGCAGAGCUGUCAGCGGUCUUGGCUGCAAUCUCGAAUGCUCCAGCAGGAAUGCAGCUCGAGAUGACCGACGAUGAUAUCUCAACAGUCCUUGAGAACCUUCUUCAGGUCAACCUGAGUAUCCUCAAUGGCGAGGCCUUCCCAGAGGACUGGCUAAGUGUGCGGGUGUACCACCACAAGUCAACUAUGCGUGUCUUGCAGAACGUAGCUGCUAUCAUGCUAGAGUCAUUUGUUCCCGAUCCUGAAGAAGCCGAAGAUUUUAACACAGACCUGUGGAAGCUAUUCUUCACCACGCUGCUGAAACUAGUUGGAAGCACUUCCCUAGCUCUCGAAACCUUCCCAGAGCAAAAGCGAAGGGCGGUGUGGAAGAUCGCUGGUGAUGUGAGGGAACACGGUGCCGAGCUUCUCGCUUCGUCAUGGGAGGCGAUUGGCUGGGAGGCAAGCUCUGAGGAGCAUGCAAGGUAUAACUUGCUUCGUAUGGGUGGUUACCAGGUUCAAUACGUCCCAACACUUGUCGGUCCUAUUGCCGAGCUAUGCCUGAGUGUGCAUGAGGGGCUUCGGAGGGUGGCAGUCGAAGUUUUAUACACCAUGAUUGUCAGUGAAUGGACACUAGGUGAAGACUUGUCAGCCAUCCAGACGGAAAUGAUUGACUGCCUGGAUUACUUUUUCAAGUCCAAGUCCUUGACCGAGAGCACCAUUCAAAAACUCUUUGUGAAUGAGCUCCUCGGCCGCUUCGAGCAUCUUGCCGACCAGCCGGAUGAUCCUUUCCACGCUGCAGUACGUGACUUGGUUACUACCGUUGACGAAUUCCUUGAUCUCUUGACAGCCGUGCAUAGCGGCGAUGCUAGGAAUGAAGCCUCCCAUCUCAUCAGCCAGCUGCGCCUAAUGGAGUUUCUCCGCGAUAUGCAAAAGGAAGAGAUCUUUGUUCGCUACGUUCAUCAGCUGGCGAAUUUCCAGGCUGAAUCGAGAAACUAUGCGGAAGCCGGUCUAGCCUUGCGCCUUCAUGCAGACUUGUAUGAAUGGGAUCCUGUAGCUCAACUACCUGCGCUCACAGAACCUCCGAUGCCCGCGCAGACGGCCUUUGAGCGCAAGGAGAGAAUCUACUUUGACAUGAUCAGGCAUUUCGAAGAAGGAAAGUCCUGGAGCAACGCCAUCACGGCGUACAAGGAGCUACAGGCCCAGUACGAAAGCAACACCUUCGAUUUCGCAAAGCUAGGGCGAACACAGCGCGCCAUAGCAACCGUGUACGACAGUAUCUCGAAGGGGGAGAGAAUAACAGCGAAAUACUUCAGGGUUGUCUUCAAGGGCUCAGGCUUUCCUCCCAGCGUGCGCGACAAGGAGUUUGUCUACGAAGGGAUACCAAAUGAACGGGGCUCAGCAUUCGCAGAUCGUAUGCAGGAGCAGUAUCCAAAUGCCCAGAUCGUCACAAGCGGGGAUGUGGAUGAAGUCGAGGGCCAAUAUCUCCUCAUCUCAAACGUUUCGGCGAACAGAGAUCUAACACAUCCUGUCUUCCAGCGGACAAGAGUCUCUCAAGCGAUACGCGAGUUCUUACUCGUAUCUCACCCUCAGUCAUUCUCGAUAUCGACAAAGCGUUCCAUAAGUGGGCCUGUCCAAGAGCACAGUUCUGAGAAGGUUGUCUUCACUACAGCAGAGCCUUUCCCCACGAUUCUACGCCGCAGCGAAGUCAUCGAGGUGGCUAAAGUGCAACUUGAUGCUCACGAUACCGCUCUAGAACGCAUUGUGCGCAAGACGCAAGAGAUGGCAGUCCUCGAGCGGCGAGUAGCAGACGAAGAUACCGACGCCGUGAAACCUCUUGCAGAUGCGAUCGAUGUUUCGGUCGACCCGGUAUCCACCACCAGCAUCGUUUGGUACAGGCAACUGCUGCCAACCCCACGUGAUGAGCUCGAGCUUGAGGAUGACGAUAGCGACGCUGAUAAUGAGUCGGAAGAGAGAGAGGAACAAGAAGAAGCCCUAACUCCCCGUGAGAUAGCGAUCAAGAUGUCCCUCAUCGAUCAUGCCAUCAUGAUCAAGAAGUCACUUGCAGUACUAUCACGUUACUCUGGCGGCAUCCUCGCUCUGCGGCAUGGGGAGCUCAAGAGCAACUUCGAAAGUACCUACCAUACUGAGAUUGCAAUCUUUUCGCCUAUACAGCCUCAAUUGGAGAUCGCGACGCCUUCCUCUCCCUCAUGCAGGAAAUCGUCUCCAUCUCCAGAUCCCAGCACACCGACGGCCACGAUUGCCGCAGUGAUCAACGGGGUCCACACAGAAGAAAUGUCAUUUGGAAAGCCAGUGAACUCGCAGCAGCGGAGCAACCGACUCAGCUUCCUCCACAAGAAGAGGCCGUCCGAGGCACACACCGAGGUGACCGCGAUAAGUCCCGUCACCAACGGCGGCGACCUCGACUCCCCGACCAGCCCACAUUCCCAGACUGUGAGCAGGGACGCCAUGCGCCGGAACAGCUUCUUCCGCGUCCAGUCCGCCGGGCACGGGUCCAACCACAGCGGCGGUGGCGGCGCCGGGCUUGGAAUACAGGACAGCCGCAGGGCCGCCGCCGGGAAGGGGGAGAACGGCGCUCCCGCAGGGGGGCCCAACCCCGAGGUCCCGACGCUCAAGAAAGGGCCAGGCAGCGUGCGGAAGAGGCUGAGCAUGCUCAGGCUGGGCGGCAGCAAGAAGAGCGCCGGCCAGAGUAACGGCAGGGGCAACGUCAUGGGAAGCUUGAAUGAGGGGUAG